CUCCUUCAGUCCUUCUCCAAUUCUUUCUUCGAUUCCAAACAAAUUGCAAAGAAGAAACGCGAAACAACAACGAUUCCUUAUCUCUUCCGUCCAGAUUCGGAAUCACACUUCUUCUGUUCUUCAUCAGAUCUUCAUCUUGUCACCAUCGCCAAGGUCGUUCUCCCUCUCGAUCGGUCGAUCCUCAUACUUCUUUUGUUCUACAUCAGAUUUUCAUCUUCUCACCGAGGUCGUUCGCUCUCUGGAUCCUCUUUGACGUGAAAAAUUUUCUUCUCCGGUUCUCUUCAUGUACAGAAUCACUUUCAGGCUUCAUCUUACUACCUUGCUCUGCAUUUCGUUGCUUUACUUGAUCCUCAUACUUCUUUUGUUCUUCAUCAGAUUUUGCUCUUUCUCCCGAAGUCGUUCUCUCUCUAGAUCCUCUUCGACGAUUCGACCUGAAAUAUUUCUUCUCCGGUUCCCUUCAGAUUUUCCUCUUUCUCCCGAAGUCGUUCUCUCUCUGGAUCCUCUUCAACGGUUCGACCUGAAAUAUUUCUUCUCCGGUUCCCUUCAGGUACAGAACAGUGAAUCACUUUAAGCUUGCUACCUUGCUCUGCAUUUCGUUGCUUUAGUUUAGUAAAUUUCUUAUCUUUUUACUGCUUAUUUUGGAUUGGGUUUUGCUCUGCAUUUUGAUUUUUGAGUUUAUUUACAGAGUAUAUUUAUUUAUGUGAAAUUCAAUUUGAAUUUUGUUUUGGUAUUUUGCAUGUUCUGCAUUUCUGUUUCAAUUCUUUGUCAUAAACAACUGGUCUGACC